AUCUGGGUUUGACACAUUCCCGUUUUUCCCUUCUGCCCAACUUUUGGAAACUUUUUCCCCUGAACUAUUUCGUACGACUUUACGACGUGGAAAAAAACGCAUUCAGGCGAGCACACUAAAUUUUGAUAACCAACGAAGAUGACUUUGUGCGCCAGAUAUCGUUUUACAUUUGAUGUUUGUGAAGAAAUGCAAAGGAAAUAUUUUCACGAUUUUAACGGGCACAAUGUAGCGGGUUAGCUAGCGACGGAGCUCGGAUGUAGCUCAUCGCUUUACGAAUGUUUCGGGUACACGUAACCGUGGAAAAGCUUCUGAUAUGGUUAUUUCUGCUGCAUGUCAAAGUUUCGUGUUUGUUUUCAUCCCCCUUGUAUGUUUGUUGUUGUCAUUUCGUGACACUAAGGGCUGGAUAUCCUCAUAACAGUACCUGGUGCAAUACAACUCUUAACUCAGGAAAACAAACCAGUUUUUGCACUUUUCAUCAUGACCAAGAAGUAAAGUCAGCAGUCCUGUCAUUGCUCAGGAUAAAUGGUACAAUGGGUGCCAGUCAGCCAGUGCUGUUUCCUGGAUGGAGCCCACCUUCCUCUUCAGCUCCUGCAGGCCCAUGGGGACACUCGUUUUACUCUUCAUUCAGCUUCAUGUCAAGCAAUUUUCACCUCAGGAAAAGCAGAAGCACACUCAUCAGUCAGAACCCUCCACACCUCCCUCCUCAGGUUCAGAGUGUGGUCCCUCCAUCUUCAUUUAGGUUAAAAUUUCACAAGUGUGCCCAGGUGAAGCUUGACACUAACCCCCCUCAGCUGAUGUUCUUUCUGCUGAUACACAACAUGGGUCCUGUGGGCGGCACCAACCUGUCACAGGUUGUGAUCCGGGACUCCAUUUCUGGAAUAAUUCCCCUAAAAACCGAAGGCAGAGUGGUAGAGAAAGGCUACCAGGCAUUUGCUAUUGAUUCCCUCAUGGCUGGUUCCCAAGUUGCUGUUAAUUAUACAGCUCAUGUAAGGAGUCACGAGAAUGAACUACUCGAUCUUCCUGCUUUUCUGACAUUCUCUAAUGCCUCCCAGAAUGAUGUCCGUAUGUUUGGACCUUUAACAGCUAAUCUAACGCUCAGGGUGAAUUCCACGAACCAGAUUUAUCCUAACCACAGAGUCCAUUUUGCUGGAUUUGUUGCUGGGUUCUUUAUCACUUUGGUGCUGCUGUUGCUGGGGCUUCUAGCCACGAACUUCAUAAAUCCAUCAAGAACUCGCCUUUUUCAGCAGAGGAGGAACAGGUGUGAUUCAGACCCUGAGGAUGCAGAAUGCAACAUGAACGAGACGGUGAAAGAUGAAGCUGCAUUUGAAGACAAAAUUGUGGAUGUCAUGCUGCUGGAAGAUCCUCAGAAUAUGUUUCAGGCUUUGGAAAACCUUGAAAUGUCUUCGCUGCUGCAUGCCACCAGUAACCUGGAGGCCAUCCGGAUUCAGAUCCACAAAGACUUGAUGUCCCACUUGCUUAAGGGCAUGCGAUCGCGGGGCCAGACCAGUGUCCAGGCCCAGCAGCGGCUGCUCCGAGUGCUCCACGGGCAGCUGCUGGGGAUGGAGGGCCGGCUGAAAGAGGAACGAAGGGCCCGUAUGACCGCCCUGGCUGGUCAGUGUAACCUGGAGACUCGAGAAGAAAUGGAAGCCGAGCAUUGCAGAGAAGCUGCUGAAAAGGCCCAGGCCCAGCUGCUCUGUCAACACGCCAACCAGCAGGAACUCCUCCAGUGCAGUGUCCUCCUAGAGAAGGUGCACAAGCUGAGCCAGAGUCGGCUUCAGCGCAUCCUCUUGGCUCGACACGAGGAAGCCUCAGCUAAGGUUCAGAGGCAGAUUAUCGAGUGGCGGCGAGUGGAGCUGCAUAAGAUCUUCUCAGAAGAGCUGGGAGAGGCCACAAGGAUGGGCGAGUUAGAGAAAAGCACGGCGCGAAGCCUUCAGCACGAGUACUUCACCUGUCAGGAUCAGCUGGAGGAGGUGCUGGACGUCGUCGUUGCUAAUCAGCGGUACGUGUUGUCUGAACGCAGCGCACAGAGGAAGUUCCUGGUGCACAGCCUCCACAGCCUGGAACGCCUGAUUUCUGACACCUUCUCUAACACCUCCAUCAGCUUGGACAGCUGGUUCAACCACAUAAGGAGAGGGAGCCUCAUACCUGCAGAGCAGAUGGACCAGCUGCAGGAAAAGGCUCAGACUGAGCUGCUGAUGGUGAGACAGAGACUAAGUGAGACGCUGAACCAAGAGAAGAGAGCUCUGCGCUGUGGACUCAUUAAGAAGAGGAGGGAGCUCAUCUCUAACUUGCUGAGAGUCCACAAACAGAGACAGAGGGAUUUAUCAGUUAUCUCCAAAAGUCUGGAGGAAGAGAGAGAGAUAGCACAGCAUCUACAGUGUUGGCAGAGCCUGCUGACAGCUCACUGCGUGGAGCUUGCAGAGCUCAUCAACACCCUGGACGAGGAGGCUGCUGCAGACAUACGCAAGGUAGCAAUGCGAGUGAUCCAGGGCGCCAUAGCAGACAUCAAAGCCAUCCAGCCAUCUGCUGCUCAGGCUGUGUUGUCACUUCUGCCACCAGGAGCCAAACAGCCAGUCCUGCAGGUGGAACCAGACCCUGGGCCCGGAAAGACCUCGGCACAAGGGGCUGGCGGUGUCCUGCAGGGGCAGGAAAGACUUCAGCAGGAAGGCAAAGCAGCUUUACACACCCUCAUCUGCACCAGGGAGACUCUGCAGGAAGCCAUGGAGAACGAGCUGCAGAACCAGAGGGAGAUCAGGACGCACUGGAGAAACUUCUUCAGGUGUUUGUGUUUGUCCCAGCUGACUCUGUCUGAAGAUGACCGGCUGAGGAUGAAGCUCGAGUUUCAGAAGUGUCUGUCCAUGUCUGACCUCUGCGUCAUGCUUCCUCACACCAGCUCCAGAACCAAACUUCAUGCUGCCUUGGCAGCAUGGAGAAAAGAGCAUGAGGAGCAGAUGGCAACUAUGCAAUCCGAGGGGAAAACCGCCGAGGCCAGAAAGAAAACAGACACAUCUGAUGUGGUGUUUUUCCAGAAGAGGCUCAAGAACAAGAUUCAGCUGUUUGAGAAGGAGAAAGAGAUGGAGAGCAGUGUUAUGGAGAAGGUGAUGGAGGAGAUGCAGAAGGAGAGAGAGGAGUAUUUGCACUCUCAGGCGGACGUCCUGGCUGUGCAGAUGGCCACUAUCAGUUACCAAAAAGCUGAGAAAUGGACCAAAAUACUGGAGAUGUCCAGAGCCACUGUCACCCUGCAAAGCCUGCUCAUCCAACAGCUCAGGGAGACAAAAAACCUGGAAGUAAACAAAAUGGCUCAGAGUAUACACAGAUGCCGCUCGGGUUUAGAAGAAGCAGAGCAGCUUCAGAUGAAGAGGAGCAUGUUGGACAGUCCACAGAUGUCUCAGCUUGGAGAGGUGUCGAGUCAAAUCCAUCACGGAGAGGAGAAGAGUGAGAAAGACGACAUGUUUCAGCUGCAGUUGGACUGCAGGAUGACAGUCAUCCUGCAGGAGGCGCUCCACAAGUGUGAGCAGGUCCUCACAUGGAUGUUAGAAAGGUUUGAAGCUAUGACUGCCAGCGAUCAAGCAAAGGAAGAGUUGAAAGAAAAAGUAAAGCUCAAGAAAAUUUAUGCAAACUGUGAUCAGGAUCUGAAGUUUGCAUCUCAGCUUGUGAUGCAGAGUCCCGUCUCUGAGGACGUCCUCUUGGAGACGCUGCGUCUCCUGCUUCCAACCUUGGCCGAAGGUGAACUUCUGUUCAUCAUCGACGCCCUCUGCUCCAAACAGCAUCCUGCUUCAGCUUCUGCUGAGCAGGAGCCCUCGAGAAUGCACACGCAACUCCAAACUCCGUUCUGAGGUUUAACAGAAGCUUUCUACACGAAGUCACUGAAGGAAAACCUGAAACACAGCCAUCUUUAAGCAUCGUCUUUCAUUUAAAGAAGUAAUGCUGCUCCACUGGGGUCAUUCCCCCCUGAGCAAAGAUAGAAAGAUAAAUUAUUUUACUCCUCAUUUAAUUUUCCUCUCUUCCUGCAGCCCUGGAUCGCUGUGGUGUGUCCCCUGCUGAGUUUGGAUUACUUUCCUGAUGAUUAAUGCCUCAAACACGAGGCCACAUAGAAAUCCUGCAGUUUAGCUGCAGGUCAUGAGAACAAGAAUAUUCCCUUGCAACAUGUGCUUCACUUUUUCUUUUUAGUUGUUUUGUGACUUUUAGAUCUUAGGCUUUAGUGUUAAGUCGAGGAUGUACUUAUUCAGAAAUCAUAUCAGUUUAUAUUAAAUUAUGCCAUUACAGUAAAAUGUAAACACCGACUAGAGUUUCACCAUUUUUAGAGAACAAAGUCACCAUCAUUAUGAGAUAAUUCAGACAAAAAGUCUUUGUUUUUCUUUGGGAGGAGCCCUUUUUUGUGUAAAUUUCAUACAAAAUUUUAUAAAGUUCCCGUUUUAAAAAGUCCAAGAUGUGACGACUAUCUGCCAAAGCAGAAAAAUCAAAUCCUCUAUAAGAUGAUCAUUAUUCCUUUGUAACUUUGCAGUUUGCUUGUUUUACAAGGAAAUGUUUUGGUUCUGUUGAUCAGUAACCUGUAAAGCAUUAGUAAUCAGCAUACAACACUAUUACUGUUAUUAUGAAACAUUUUCUUACUAAAAUCUGACCAGAACCUGGAUGUUGAAGUCCAGAUCCAAUGAGCUCUCCCUAGGGGCUGGUUUCACUACAUGUUUUAGGUCCUUGGGUGUUAAAAAAAUCACAACUUUAUUCUAAAAUUAAACCUCAGAUUUUAUAACACACCUGCUGAUCAAUAUGGAUUAAUUUUAAAGACCAAGUUCACUGUGAAACCAUUUUUUUCUUGUUAUUUUUUAAACAUGAUCGGUCACUCUGAGUUUCACAUGCAGGCUAACGAUGAAAGCAGUCCUCUAGCCCUGCAUUAGCUGCUGAUGGAAAAUAGAUGGUGAAAUGCUCAGAUUAGAAAAGCCUGACGGAUCUACAUCAGAAUGAAAAUUAGCAUUCAUGGACUCAUCCAUUUUGGCUCAUGAUGGGGAAGGCUGUUGUUAAUUUGGCAUCAACAGAGAGGAGAGAGUAGAGCACAUCUCAGCCAGUAGAAGCUAACUGUUAGCAUUAGCAACUCCACCACACAGCAGGAUCCCUUCAAGUUUAAGUUAUUUGUGGAGAUGAAGCAUCAACAUUGCAGAGCAAACGGAGUCAUUGGUGGAGUCGGGUUGCUUUUAGCCAAUCAGAGGCGAGAUGUUAACAGGAAAUAAUGAAUAAAACUCCAAAUCCUGUUUUCUGCUCACUUCUACUUCCUGAAACAGGAGUGUCAGAGCUGUUUUCUACAGAGAUCGACUCACACGGCAUUCAUUUAUACUAGUGUCAGUCUUUGACUGGCGGAAGCUCCAGUUCAGAGAGAAAACAAUGAGUAAGGUUGAGAUAGCUUUAUUGAAGCACCAUGUCACAUGAACCCAGAAACAACCAAAUCUGUCUUUACUGGAAGAGACCAAGAAAAGGGUAAUCAAAAAACCAAAACCAAACAAUAUUUACAUAAACCUAACACCAGACAUUAAAAUGGUACCAGUAAAUAUUUACAUAAAUACAAAUCAUUCAACUUCAACAAAUCUAAAGUCAAUCAACCAAGUAAACCAAAUUUUACCUAACUUCUCUAAGCCUCACCCCUCCUCUAAAUGGUAGGCUCCAAGAACUUUUAAGCAGCACUUUGGGUUUUCAUCUCCCUUUGCUGCCCCGCCCUGCUAAGGAGACAAACCAGGAAGAGGUGAGUCAGUGCAUACUUUCAAAUCAUAUCUUAAGGAUUAACUCAAUUUAAGCAAACACAGUGAUUAAAUAUAGUUGACUUUCUUACUCCGUUCUUAACAGGAAGGAUGGCCAAUCCCUCCAGCCUCCAGGAAUGCCCCAACACUCAAUAAAGAACCGAAAAACAAACAUGUUGUCUUUAACUUAAUCAUACAUAACAUAAUACCAAUAAUCACAUUCCUCUUUAGUGAUGGAACCUCUGGUCUCCUAUCACAACUAGAAACCACUGCAAAGAUAAAAUAUAAUUCUUCUAAUAGCUUUAGUUGUAACUAGUUAUUUGAUGCUUUAAAAUAGGUUGAGACAUUUAUCAAUAUUAAUAAAUGUUUAUGGUUUAUCAGGAUGGUUUGCUACACUGAUGUUGCAUUCAUUGAUAUUGCGACAGCAGUGCAGCUUCAGCGAGCCAUUCAGCUCUAGGACCUUUGGGUUUGAGGUUAAACACUCUGAAAAAAGACACGCCUGGGUAUGGUUAUGGGGGGAAAAAAAGAAUUGUAAAAUCUGACUGAAUGUUUAUGACCCUGUACGUCUAAAUGAUGGUCAGGGAGGAGGUCUGGCCCAACCUUACAAUCCAAUGCUGGCUUUGCUGCAGAUUGUUUGUACUUGACUUCAUGACUGAUGGGUUUUAGCAGCACGUUUUGCUCUGACCCACUUCCAGUAGGUUGUAACUGACAUGACUCAUGUCUGAAUGAACACACAGAUGCUUGAAGAGGACUUCAGACAGCGGAGACUUUCUCUGAUGGUUCGUGAUCAAAGCUCAUCAUGAUGCUUUUAUUGUUGACUGUUUU